AGAGUUGGGCAAUUACUUACCUGAAGUAAACUCACUUUGCUCCGGAACAGGAACUGUGUGAGCCUAGCUCAGGUGCUCUCUCCCCACAGGGCUUCGACUAUGUUGCGCAGGUUGGGCUGUGUGCUGUUCUGCGGUCUUGUGAUUCUGCUGCUCUGCUGCCUGCUCUUUCUGAAGGAUCGAGUACCAGCAGGCAGCUCCGAGGCCCACCAGCAGUUCUCGGCACUGCCAAGGCCUCACCAUAGCCAGUGCUCACCCAACCUAACAAUUGUUAACACCUCCCUUUCCCUGCCCAGUCGUCAUCGUCUCUUCUUAACCUAUCGACACUGCCGAAACUUCUCCAUCUUGCUGGAGCCUUCGGAGUGUGCCAGGGACACCUUCCUGCUCCUGGUUAUCAAGUCACAGCCUGCGCAUAUUGAACAGCGUUCAGCCAUUCGAAGCACGUGGGGCCGGGCUGGGAGCUGGGCUAGGGGCCGGCAGCUGAAGCUGGUGUUCCUCCUGGGGGUGGCAGGACCUGUGCCUCCAGCCCAGCUGCUGGCCUAUGAGAGUUGGCAGUUUGAUGACAUCUUACAGUGGGACUUUGCUGAGGACUUCUUCAACCUGACACUCAAGGAGCUGCAUGUGCAGCGCUGGAUAGCAGCUGCCUGCACACAGGCCCACUUCAUACUAAAGGGAGAUGAUGACGUCUUCAUCCAUGUUCCCAAUGUGCUCGAGUUCUUGGAGGGCUGGGAUCCAGCCCAGGACUUCCUAGUGGGAGAUGUCAUCCACCUGGCCCGGCCCAACAGGAACACCAAAGUUAAAUAUUUCAUCCCAUUUUCCAUGUACAGGGCCCGCCACUAUCCACCUUAUGCAGGAGGAGGAGGCUAUGUUAUGUCCCAGGCUACUGUGAGGCAUCUUCACACAGCCAUGGAGGAGGCAGAACUCUUCCCCAUUGAUGAUGUCUUUGUGGGGAUGUGCCUGAGGAAGCUGGGGGUGACUCCCAUUCACCAUGCUGGCUUCAAGACAUUUGGGAUCCAACAGCCCCUCAACCCCAGGGACCCCUGUCUGUACAGAGGGCUCCUGCUGGUGCAUCGUCUAAGCCCCCUGGAGAUGUGGACCAUGUGGGCACUGGUGACAGAUGAGAGGCUCAAGUGUGCAGCUACCCACAAACCCUAGCCCUGAGGGGUGGGGUGAGAGACAGCUUUAGAGUGACUGAACUCCUAUCACCAGGAGAAACAAUACUGAAAACUGGUCCCUGCUGGUCAGCAGGAAACCACCUUUAUUUUUAUAAUGCUACCAACCUUAUUUGAUUAAAAGUGCUGAAACCUGGCAAGCUUGUCCUGCAUGUGCUGAGUGGGAGUGUAUGCUGCCAGGAAGCCGUAGGAGCCCAGGGCCCUGCACCUCCCACUGCCUAGGCAGUGAAGGAAAGAG